CUGCACGUUGCAGCCGCAGCAGCCAGUAGCAGCAAUACAGAGACAUAUGCGGGAUUAUAGAGCUAAACCCGGCCAGCAGCCACGGAGGAGAUUGCAAUUGCGUCUGAGGCUUGUAUUUAAUGCACCGCGCCCGAGAAGAAGCCAGGAUCGCGUUCCCGUUUCGGAAUUAUCACUCGUUACUGUGCCAGAGGCCCCACGAAUUGAAUGUAAUGUGAACAUCUACAGCAAUGUGGUGAUUUUCCUGCAGAUGAGCUGCCGUUUUGCCCUCUCCCCCCUCCUAUUCUCCUUUCAUCAUAAUUCAAGAUCAUCUUCAAUUCACUGGACUCUCCUAGACCUGUAUAUGAAGACGGAGUGGGGACCGUAAUGACCGCACGCUUCCGGUUGCCUGCUGGCAGAUCUUACGAUGUGGGAGCGUUGGAGGAGGCCAGAGAGAGACAGCACGCGCAGGUGGAUUGUAACGUUUUACUGCUGGACAACACAGUGCAGACCUUCAGAGCCAAUAAGCAAGAUCAGGGGCAGAACUUGUUGGACGUAGUGUAUAAACACUUGGAGCUAACGGAGCGAGACUAUUUUGGCCUUCAACUAGCAGACGACUCUUCUGACAGCCAGAGGUGGCUGGACCCAAACAAACCCAUCAGAAAACAGCUCAAAAGGUCGUCUCCACAUAAUCUGAGGUUUAGAGUGAAGUUUUUUGUGAGUGACCCUAGCAAACUACAAGAAGAGUACACAAGGUAUUUGUACUUUUUGCAACUGAAGCAGGAUAUUCUGAGCGGCAGACUUCCUUGCCCACAAAACACCGCGGUUCUUCUGGCUUCUUACGCCGUUCAGGCUGAGCUGGGGGACUACAGUCACUCCGAACAUUUGCCCGGGUACCUCUCCGAGUACAGCUUCGUUCCCAGCCCUCCGCAGGACUUCGAGAAAGAGGUCGCCAAACUUCACCAAGAGCACAAUGGACUCACACCAGCUCAGUCCGAGUUUAACUACUUGAAUGCUGUGCGGACGCUGGAGCUGUACGGCGUGGAAUUGCACUAUGCUCGGGACCACUGUAACACAGAGAUUUACAUCGGAGUUUUGUCUGCCGGCAUCUCCGUCUACAAGGACAGGGUACGAGUCAACCACUUUCCAUGGUUGAAAAUUGUAAAAAUAUCUUUUAAAUCGAAACAGUUUUUUAUACAACUAAGAAAAGAACUGACCGAGAACAGAGAGUCUCUGUUGGGUUUCAACAUGAUGAACUACAGAGCGUGCAAGAACCUCUGGAAGGCCUGCGUGGAGCAUCACACGUUCUUCAGACUGGAGCGGCCCGUUCCUCCGGAGAGAAACCUCUUCCUGCAUUACUUCACUCUCGGAUCCAAGUUUCGCUACUGUGGGAGGACAGAGGCGCAGUCCGUACAGUACGGAAAGGAAAGAGGCAACAAGAACAGAGUUUUUGCGAGGUCGCCGAGCAAGCCUCUGGUCCGAAGACUGAUGAGCGGUUUGGACUGGGAGACCGUCAGCAGGAACUCUCUCUCGGACGACCGGCUGGAAACUCAGAGCCUGCCGAACCGUUCUCCACCAGACUCGCCGGAUCACAGUAACUCGGUGUUCACCACAGACGGGGCGCGGGUCAGGCCUUCCUCCAUUGGUCACCUAGUUGAUCAUGUGAUCGAUGACUCGCCAUGCCAGACGUUCACCAAUCACAAGUCUGCCUCCUCUACGCAGGCCAACAGCAUCAGCCUGGACUCCACACCGUCUCCUGAUGUGACGACAGACGAGCAGCCGCCGGCUCUGCCCCCGAAACAGUCCAGAAGAGAUCCUCUGACCCACAACGGCAGAUCCCAGUCCCAGCACGAGCUGGACGAGCACCUCAGCGAACUGUACAACGUACCUGCGGCGUCGGGAAAGAGCAUGAAUGGAGCCGUGCCUCAUGAUAAUCUUGUUUUGAUUAAAAUGAGGCCGGAUGAAAACGGACGAUUUGGAUUUGGAUUUAAGGGUGGCGCUGAUCAGAGGAUGCCCAUCAUAGUGUCCCGUGUGGCUCCGGGAACUCCGGCUGAUAUGUGUAUGCCGCGCCUCAACGAGGGCGACCAGGUGGUGCUGAUUAACGGUCGUGAUAUCUCAGAGCACACUCACGAUGACGUGGUUAUGCUAAUUAAGGCCAGCUGUGAGGACCAAUCGGGAGAGCUCAUCCUGCUCGUCAGGCCCAAUGCCAUCUAUGACGUGGAUGAGGAGCAGGAGAAGCUGGAUUUGGAGCCAGAUUUCCAGUAUAUUCCAGAGACGUCCGGUCUGGAGCUGAGCCACUCGGAGGCCGAUAGUUUGAGGUCCUCCAUACAGCUGCUGAGAGACGGCCUGUCCAGCGGCACCGUGCCUGCUCAGUUUGAUCAACUGUACAGGAAGCGUCCUGGGAUGUCCAUGUCAUGCGCCAGAUUGCCGCAAAACGUCUCCAAAAACCGCUAUCGGGACAUUUCUCCAUAUGACACCACUCGAGUUGUGUUGAAGGGCGCUGACGAUUACAUCAACGCGAAUUUCAUUAAUAUGGAAAUCCCAGGUAAAGGUGAAGUAAAGCGGUAUAUCGCCUGUCAAGGGCCUCUUCCUGGGACCUGCUCCGACUUCUGGCAGAUGGUGUGGGAGCAGAGCGCCGCUCUAGUGGUCAUGCUCACGACGCAAGUCGAACGCGGCAGGGUGAAAUGCCAUCAAUACUGGCCGAACGUUUCAGGAAGUGGCACCUAUGGAGGCUUUCAGGUUACAUGCGUGUCCGAGGAAGGAAAUUCGGCGUACCUGCUCAGAGAUUUGACUCUUACACACGUGGAGAGUAAAGAGGAAAGGCAGAUUUGUCAGAUGCAGUACCUGGCGUGGCCCGAUCACGGCGUUCCAGACGAUUCGUCGGACUUCUUGAACUUCGUCAGUCAAGUACGCAGCAAAAGAGUGGACGCAUCAGAACCUGUAGUGGUUCAUUGCAGCGCUGGGAUUGGUCGCACCGGGGUGCUUAUCACCAUGGAGACGGCGAUGUGUUUGAUAGAAAAUGGUCAGUCAGUUUAUCCUUUAGACAUCGUCAGAACCAUGAGAGACCAGCGUGCCAUGAUGAUCCAGACCCCUAGCCAGUACCGUUUCGUCUGCGAAGCGAUUCUAAAAGUUUACGACGAAGAGUUCGUAAAGCCGUGCGAGACUGAGCCUCCGGUCGAAAAGGAAGAAUGAACGCCGUCCUUCAUCGUUCGCGGGGUUCUUCUGUGAUUCACAACUACUGCCAGUGAGAUCUGCGCUCGGCUCGCUGUCGCCCCCUGCUGAAAGGCAGUGGACAUGACCGCCCGCAAGCUAGAAUACAGACGAAAAUGCACUAUUGCACUUUACAGCGACAAACAAUGACUUAAGGGAAUUUUUUUUGGUUAAAAAAACAAACAAACAAAAAACUAAGUAUCAGGUUACUGAUGAGUAGGUACUGUUAAUAAUGUUAAUUAUUUGGGUUAGAGAAAGAAAUUUGCUUUUGCUUUUGUGCCAAAAGCUGAAAUGAGCCACAGUCCGUGUCAGAAUUAACUCUUGCAACUAAUGACAGCACGUUUUAUGUUCUAUUUAUUUGUUUUGGGGAAUUUUUUUUCGCAGUGAACUCGAAAGCAACAGGUGCUCGGCCCGUUCUGCUCCCUUUUCCCGACUGUAACUGUAAUCGUUUUAACAUUUCCGUUUGAAACAUAAGUUGUUAACAUGCAUUUUUUUUAAAAAAUUGUCGAACAAAAAAAAAACGAAGCUAGUUUUUAAUUAGUUUUUACCCCGGCGCUUUAAAGAUAAUCUUUCGCAAAGUACUUAGACUUUUGCGAAGUACUUUUCGUUCCACGGUAACGUUACAGUUGUCGCUCUAAAUUUAGGGAAAUUAACAGGCCACCAGCUGUGCUGAAAAUGAGCCAUGGUAAAGAUGUUUCUUGCUGCCAAAUUUCACAGCUGUUCGCCUCUAAAACCGAUCGGUGUGUCGCUUUGGCUAAUCGCUAUUUAUUGCAAGGCUACGUGUGGUACGUAACGGCUGGCGUUUGUAUCGUUAAAUAUGCAUCAGGCAGCUGUUCUUCUUUCAGAUCCGUGUAUGCUGGAUCUUUGAAGCAUUUUAUUUAGAAAACAAAGCUGUGAAUUUCACGUUAGCUUGGUUUGGCGGAAACCGGACACUCAAUUGAUAAGUACGGACGCAAAUUAAAUGUUUAAUGUAUGAUUUAGUCUAGCGUUCUCUCUGGUUAGCGUAAAGAUCAUCAGAUAUUUUUAAUGACCAGUUUUCUUCCAUUUUUACAAUCAAAUUUUCGAAAUGUCUGAAAGUAACCGAUUACCUUCAGGUUUGACUUGUUCAUCUCGUACGAUUAGUUUUGUGUUUUUUGUUGAGAAAAAGAUGCUCUGAAGAUACCGGUUUAAAUUCAGCUUACGAUCGGUAGCGCUCAUCCACAUCUCCUCUUCUUUAGCUAGUUACCUGUUAGCAGUUACCUACAAAAGGUGGUUCUAGUUCUAGCUAUGACUGCGGAGAUGAUGGCAUUUACACAACUCAUUGGCCGCUUCAAUGUUUUAUUCACCUCAAGUGCAAAAUUUAAGUAUGGAUAUAUUUAAUGCUUUUUUUUUUUUAAGUUAGCAUUUUCUGUAUUCUGAAGAGAAAAGAUACUCGAGAAUUGUGAAGAAAAAUGUUUUUGAUACGACACCCCGGACCAUCGUAAUUGUUUGCCAAUGUUUUUAUGAACGUCCCCCCCCCCAUACAAUGUUUUGCGGUGCCAUCGCGCGAAUUAUUUUGAAUUAUAAGGACCAAUCCCGCCCACCGUUUUGAAUGUGAGCCGAUUUUGCUUCAGUGUACGUCGUUAUAGCGCAGCAGCUAGACAUUUACUGCCGACUUUGCGUCGGGAGUGGUGGUAUUUUUGUAUUUAACAAAAAAAAAAAAACGAAUGAAAAAAGGACAGCACUUUGCAACUGACUGUGGUGGUCAGCUGUGCUACUGUAGAAUUUAUACUGUAAUUGUGUGAUGGGGGGGAAAAAUACGCUGUUUAAUUAUUUAUGUUGAACAUUUUGUCAGAUAUGGACACCUGUGGGGGUGGGAGGGGACUCUUAACUACAUAGUGUCAUAUGUGAAAUACUUGUAAAUACAAUGUUAUAUAUUAAAAGUGUUCUGAAAAGAUAA